AUGGCGGACGUUGGGGUUGAGAAUGAGAGUUAUUUCAACUCCUCAGAGAUCGAAGUUGAGCAGCCUGCGAAUCGCUUCUCGCAUUAUGGCACCCAAACGCUUAAACUGGUGUAUUGCCUCAAUGUCCUAACACCGGCACUUCAAUUUUGCUUCACCGACUUCACUCUGACAAGGAAUCUCCACUAUCCCGAUUUGUACCGAAGUUCAGCCGGCGUUUCUCCGAGUCACAUAAGCGCUCACCCAUUUCCAUUCCAUGCACGACGCUCGACGCUCGACGCUCCACACACGGACGCAAAUCCUGUUAACCUCCUUGCGUCGCAACCUAUCAGAAUCCUCCGCUUUCUGCCCGGCUUCAUCCAGCACCUCAGCUCGCUGCACCUCCACAAUGCCGCCAUUGUAGCGCACCCGCAUUUCCUUAUUCGUUUCACCCAACGCCGCCGAACUACACGUGCCCAAGACGCUACACUCCCAACACGAAUCCUGCCUGCACGCAGAAUACACGCCCUUAUCUCCUGCCUUGAAUCCAGCAUGUGGAAUAUACGGCGAGCCGCAAAACGCGCGAGCUACCGCUUGAAUUUGCCAUACAACUAGAAUGAUGCAUGUAGGUAGUAUGCUUACAGCCCCUGCGCCGUUGCGCCUUGUCUCGAUCCCAGCCGCUGUCAAGAUAAAGACGCCUACAUUCUGCAGUGCUGCAUCAAGGCUUUGCUUCCGCGCGUAUCGAUAUCCUAGG